UUCUUCUCGCGGGGGAAAAUGGCGGCCGCCCUCAGCCGGCGGUGAGGUUGCGGGUGCCGAGGGAAGCCGGAACCGGGAUGUUGUGUUUGCGGAGCCCUGCCGGGCGCGCGGUGAACUGGGCGUCCUGCGGGCAACGCCGCACCAAGAUGUACUACGGGCCCAGGCGCCCCCGCGGUCCGCUGCCUCGAACGCCCUGGACGGUUCGUGGCCCACCGCCCGGCGCCAAGUUGCCCUGGUACUUACAGAAGGUGCCGCCGGUGCGGGAACAAGUGCCGGAGCUCGACACGGUGACGUACGAGGGGAAGAUGUACCGCGUGCCCUGGCUGGCCAAGCCGCGGCGCCAGCAGUGGGAGCGAGGGUGGCACGACCCCCGGUUCGACGGGCCCCGCCCGGGCGCGCUGCCGAGCCACAAGGAGCGGCCUUGCUACAUCUGCCAGCAGCUGACGCGCCUCCUGGAAGGUGUAAAACAAGCAUUAUGGCUAACGAAGACAAAACGAAUAGAUGGUUUACCUCAGCAAAUACUUAGCUUAAUGACUGACACAGCUAACCAACUGGAGAAUCAGGAUGAGAGAGUCCAAAAUGCAAUCUCUCAUGCACGCUUCUGGGUUAGCAGUGAGGAGGAGAUCAUGGAAGAAACUUAUUGCCCUGUACUUCUGGAAGACUUGCUUCACUUGUGCACUACUAUGGCUGCCAAACAUCCCUUGCUGGCCAAACGAAUGGUGGCUCGAGACUUUAGAGUGGCAGCUACAUGGGAACGAGAAUCUAUUCUUCUUCAGGUUCGUGGUAUCAAUGGGAAGCUUUUGAAUGCUGUUAAUCCUUUAGAACCUGUAGCAUCCAAGGAUGAGAUAUUAACCACUGAAAAUGAUGUUUUAGAAACCUUAUAUCCUAUAGCACCCACAAUAGACCUUCAAGAGGUUAAUAUAUAUGAAACAAGAAAUGAUACAGGUUUCCAACUGGGUUACCCGUAUCCUCAUCCUCACACUAUAUACUUUGCUCAUGGUGACAAAUACCAUAGAAUGCAACCAGAACAGCUCCGGGCUAAAAUGUUGAUGUUUGCUUUUGGGAAUGCUCUGGCGAAGGCCAGGGUACUAUAUGGGGAUAAACCCAGGGUCUUGGAGAAACCCAUUGUUGUCCAAAGUGUUGGCACAGAUGGUCAAAGGUUCCAGUUCAUGGUGUUCCAGUUAAACACAACUGAUUUAGAUCCUAGCCAUGGCGUUAAAAACUUGGUCUGGAUUGAUGCGGACCAACUUCUGUAUGAAAAGGCCAGGCAUCGCCCACAAAUCAGGAAGAAAGUUGUCACGAUUCCUGCUGGAAUACAUGGCUAUCAGCCAGAUACAUUCAAGAAGUUCCUGGCAUUCUACUUGCAUGGUGUUGUGUGAACAGGCUUCUCAAAAAGUCUUAAAAUUAACCUGCCUCCAUCAUGUUUUCUCCAAUGAUGAUGUGCUUAUAAUGUAUUAAUGGGGAGAACCUAUUCAAUUUUUGUAAAUAAAGUUUUUUAAAACAAACAUGUAAAUGAUAUUUUAUCCUAUAUCUCAAUGUGUAUUAUGUUGCAUGAACUUUUGGUACUAAGAGAGGCUUGUGGUUUGUUCUUGUUUUGAAAAGAUAACCCAGCUAGUCCAACUAGAGUUGGAAGUCCUAUAUUUCAGCCACAUAGCACAAUGUAGAAGUCUUGUGUUCAUUAGGGCUUACUUCAUGGUAUGUAUGAUAGGAUUACAGCUGUAGGAAAAUAACUAGCUGGGGAAUGGAUAGUUAUGAAGGAAUAUUGCUUAUAAAUGCUCCUCAGUUGCAUUUGAUCGGUCUCUUACUCUUGGAAUUACAAGCAAUAUUAACAGCUUGGCCUUUAGCAGCUUUAUAUGGCAGCAAAGGGCACUGAGCUUCUGUUUUGGGAUGUUUGGGAAAGAACGGGAGCUUAACAAUAGAAGAUAGCUGCCCUUGUUACUGCAGUAUCUUCUAGAGCAUUCCUGGGGGUUGCGUAGUAAUUUUGACGUUCUAGAAGCAUACUGCUGUUGAUUGAACAAGAGGAUGAUAAACAAGUUGACAAAAACAAUUCUCUUAAAACUCAAAGGGACAAAUAUUUCCAUUUGAAAAACAUGACUGAAGUUACCAUGACUGCUCACGGAUGGAGUAUUUGCUUUAGGUUUUGUUGGAUUCUAUAUAAAAUCCACACCCUCAUCCUUAGAUAGUUAAUAGUAGACUAGCAACUAGCCCAAGUCAGAACUGACAAGGAAGUAUGUGAGGCCAGCAUCUCUCUUUAGUGGACCACAGAAAGAGGCAUGCCGUAGGUACUUUAGCCCAAAGGGCUGGGUUGAUUUUGAUGUACAGAACUGAUUUGUGAGUCCGGAAAGAUCGCUGGUGCCAGAAAGAUUUGAGUUUGCAUGCUGAGAGCUCUUGUCCUCACAGCAGCCACAGCUCACAAGCCAGCAGACAAUAGCUACACAAGUCCUGUUGCUAUACAGGGAGACCUGGCUGAGCUGUUUGUGUCUUCCAGAAAUAAAAAAGAAUGCAUCAACAAAACCACCAGGAACAAUUUGUAUUCUCAACAUGCCUUUAUAGCCUCUUGUUUCCCUCUGUUUUGUGCACAGACAAAUGCUCUCUCCACUCCUACAGUUUCUAUACUGUGGUGACAAUUCUAAGGCUGGGCCCCAGGGACCUGCCACAGUGUUUGUGAUAGGCUUUUGAAGCUGCUCCCACUCAUUGAUCUUUUUGUCUGAACUGUUUCAACAGGUAUGCAAGGCUCAGAUAAAACACAUGGCAUGAUGAAGUCUGUAUGCUGUUCAAGGGAAGAAUUGUUUUUUAAACAGCAUGUUCCCUUGAUGUGAGCCUAGUAUGAAAUCAAACUCUACAGGCUGUGCUAAUAGCACUAACAGGAGUUUGCUUGUGCCUACAGACAACUCAGUCUUAGCUUCCAGUUGUGCGUUUUUACAUUCGAUCUGAUAAAAAAUGAAAAUAGGAAACAAUUGCUGUAGAUAUUUACGUUAUAAAAUUGGCUUUUGUUAUCUGAUGUAUGACUGGCUCAGAGCAUGUAAUUUAACACAGCAUUUUUGUGCAGUUUAGGGUUGAAGUAGCUAAAAAGAUAUUAAGCAUUCAGGAUAUCAUGAAAUAAAUUAGCAUAUGGCAACAGAUCUGAGAGGGGAGUAAGUUACAUGGAUUGACCAAACUUGCUAUUUCUGGGGAGUAGAUUCAGGCUGAUCUUGUAUCAUGUUUAAAGCUUUUCCACAUCUGAAAAGCAGCCUUGGAUAGCAAUGAAAGUAACUGCAGCAGGAUAGCUGAGACAGGACCUGUGAUUCUCUUUCAUAUUCUAGAAGGGCAAGAGCCUAACUUCUUUUUAUGACAGCCUCCCGUACUUAUUAACAUCUUCAUUUCAAAAGCAAUCUUCUGCUUUUUCUCUGGCUUAUCUAAAAGUCCAAAGCUCCAGGCCAGCUUGACAACAGCCUGCAAUAGAAUUUGUACGAUAUAUAGACUGCUGAUUUCUGCUUUAGCUUUUAAGAAGUUUGCAAAAUGUAUAAUUCUUACUGUUUCUCAAAAAAAUGAAUGAAGAAACCAUUCCCCUUUUGCUCAUUAGAACUUGGUGCUGGUAGAACAAACAACUUUAUUCAAAUAUAAUACAGAAGAAAGAAAAAGGAUGCAGAAGCUGUAUGUGAAGGGGGGAUAAGAUCAGUCAAAAGGACUUUGUUGAACAUCUGGCCAGUGGAAUUCUAACAGCUGCAUGCUGGCUGGCAUACAGGAAGAGAAGUGUGCUCGUUUGCUUGCUCUUUGUGUGUGUGUGUGUGUGUGAGAGAGAGAGAGAGAGAGAGAGACUGUACUGCAGACACAAUGGUUUCAAUGAGUGGCUCCCAUAGGGCCACUAAACUGGUGGUCCAGGAUUAAAAGAUUAUGGGAAAGGAAUCCGAGAGCUUCCUUGGGGGUUCAGAGAAAACACCUGCGACUGCAUGUAGCCUCCAUACAUAGACCAAGAACUGAGGAGAUGCUUUGGGUUUGUCGACAGCUUUAUGGCUAAAAAACAUCUGUGGUAGCAGCAUUUCAAGUUUCUUAUGCUGCUGAUUGUGGCUUGUUGCUGUAUUGGAUAUAUACCUAAGUGACCAUAACAAAAUAGGCUAUCUCCAGUACUCACCAGAGUAGUUACUACCACAACUCAUCUUUUGCAGGGGUGGGGGGAAUAUUUGAGGUUACAGAGUAUUACAAUGCUGCUAGUUGUAUGUUUUAAUCUGGUACUGACCCUGUUCUGACCCUGUCUGGCUGUGUUUUGUAUUAUGGUGUAUUAAAAUUGUUAUGACCUAUGGUCGAUACAAUAAGCUACAACAACUACUACUGCUAGUAGACUACUAUGGGUUGGUUGGAAAUGAAGGGAAUUACAUUUAUUAAUAAAGGGAUAAUAUAACAGGUCAAGAGAGAUCUGGUGCAUAGUCUAUUAUGCAUCCAACAGACAUUAUUUCAACUCUCAAACUUCUGCAGAGUGGCAUUGGAGUGAGAAAGAAUAUCCUAUAGAAGAUAGAUCUUGGCUGUAUUGUUCCAAUCACCAGAGAAAUUUUUACUUCAUAAAUGUUUAUCUUGUUCCUUAUUAAAAAUGUGCAUUUAUCUUUUUUAAAAAUACAGAAGAAAGGUUGCCCAUAUCAAGCAAAGUUGAGCAUUCAAAGUGCUGGUAUAUGUGCAUAUGGUCAUGCAAAUUUCAGAAGAGCUGGGUUGGUUAAUUGCAAUAACCAUUUCAUUGUCUUCCAACCCCACUGUUGACUGUUUUUCUCUACCCAGUUAGUUAGCUACCAAGAUCAUACUUUUCUCGUCCAGUGCAGUGAGCUCUACUCUGCAAAAGCAUCUCACAUCAUAAAUCUGUUAAGUCUGACAGGUGCGACAAAGCUCCUUUUUGUCAUGCAAUUUGUGAAGAGGAAGGAAGCUGGACUCCCAACAGAGAGAGGAGCCCGCAGUGACUUUUUAUCACCCUUGGAUAUCCAAACUUGUGUCCCUUUCACUGGCUACUGUCUCCACAUUUAGCCUAGAACCAUAAUUUGAAAAUAAAGCCAUUUGGCCUCUACCUGCUGGUAGUGUGCAUGUGUGAGAAAAAACAUAUUAAAGAAAUGUGUUUUUAAGCA